AAUAUUUUUUAAAACAUCAUUGAAAGUAGAUUGUGUUGUGACGCCAUGGUCACAAUGGAGUCCGGCUAACACUGUCGGCGGACAGCAGACGAGAAUAAGGCGGAUUAUGCGUUAUCCACAAAAUGGCGGGAAGCCAUGUCCGCCUGUUAAAGAGACAAGAGGUCCCCCGCUCGUAAUCAAACCAGUGUGUCGAUUAUCGGAUUGGUCACCUUGGAGCUUAAACUUUGGGUUUGGACAACAGGCGCGUGUAAGAUCUGUCAUAUCAGCAGCAGCAGGUGCACAAUGUGGAAAACUUGAUGACGUCCGCUACACAGGCAAAGUUCCUACUGUUAGAGAAACGGCAAGAAAUGUCCAACAGUUCUUUUUAAGACCAACUGGCCUAUCUGCCACAAUAUCUAGAACUAGUACUUUGAAUUUGGUAAGAGAUUUGGUGCUUAUCUUAGACAGUUCUGGAAGUAUUGGCAGUACAAGUUUUUUAGACGCAAAGAAGCAAUUAAGCAAAUUUAUUGGUCUACUCUGUCCAAUUCUUCCAUUUGACAGGAUUGUCGGGUCUCCGUAUCAGUAUAACCAGGCCGCCAUGGUGACGUACUCAACUAAUGUGACUACAAACUUCUAUUUUAAUACAUACGAUACCACCGUCAGUAUUCAGACUGCAAUCGAAAAUGCCGUAUAUGUAGGUAGUGGUACAAAUACCAACAAAGCUUUUGAUCGAGCAAAGGUCCUCUUUCAGCCUGGCACAGGUGUAAGAAAUGCUGCACUUGCUAAACGCGAGGUGCUCAUUCUAACUGACGGACGAUCUAACAGUCAAACGUUAACUCUGGCAGCGGUUGCACAACUCAAGCAAGUAGCGGACGUAUAUGGUUUAAUGAUAGGAUCCUACACACAGGCUGGAAAGGAUGAACUCACAAAAUACGUGUCUUCACCAAUAAAUGAACAUUUGUUUUAUUUAGAGAAUUUGAAUCAACUAAAGGAUUUGUUAGCAUACCUAGAAUACCAGAAGAAGCUGGCUGGUGGCAAUUGGUGUGCACCAUUUCAAAUCCCGGUAGAUUGCAUUGUGUCGCCAUGGUCACCAUGGAGUCCAGCUGUAGGGGUUCAGACGAGAACAAGGAAGAUUGUGCGUAAUCCAAAAAAUGGCGGGAAGCCAUGUCCACCCCUUAAAGAGACAAGAGGUUCACCGUUACCAGUGUGUAUAUUAUCACCUUGGUCACCUUGGAGCUUAAACUUUGGAUUUGGACAACAGGCGCGCGCACGAUCCGUCAUAUCAGGAGCAGCAGGUGGAAAAUGUGGAAAACUUGAUGACGUCCGCUACACAGGAAAAAUCCCUACUAUUAAAGAAACGGCAAAUAAUGUCAAACAGUUCUUUUUAAGACCAACUGGACAACCUCACACAAUAAUUAGAACUAGUACUUCAAAUUUGGUAAGAGAUUUGGUGCUUAUCUUAGACAGUUCUGGAAGUAUUGGCAAUACAAGUUUUAUAGACGCAAAGAAGCAAUUAAGCAAACUUAUUGGUCUACUGUGUCCAAUCCUUCCAUUUGACAGGAUUGUCGGGUCUCCGUAUCUGUAUAACCAAGCCGCCAUGGUGACGUACUCAACUGAUGUGACUACAAACUUCUACUUUAAUACGUACGAUACCACAGUCAGUAUCCAGACUGCCAUCGAAAAUGCUGUAUAUGUAGGUAAGGGUACAUAUACCCACAAAGCGUUUGAACGAGCAGAGGUCCUCUUUCAACCUGGCACAGGUGUAAGAAAUGCAGCCCUGGCUAAACGCGAGGUACUCAUUCUGACUGAUGGGCGAUCUAACAUUGAAGCACAAACUUUGACUGCAGUUGCACAACUCAAACUUGUAGCGGACGUAUACGGUUUAAUGAUUGGAACCUACACACAGGCUGGAAUGGAUGAACUCACACAAUACGUGUCGUCACCGAUAAAUGAGCAUUUAUUUUAUUUAGAGAAUUUGAAUCAACUAAAGGAUUUAUUAGAAGUCCUCGAAAACAUGAAGCUUCUUGCUGGUGGCAAUUGGUGUGCACCAUUUAAUCCGCUGAACAAAAAGAUUAAAAAUAAAAAGAAAGUGAAAACAAAGAAAUCUAAGAAGAAGAAAAUAAGAGUAAAAUCUAAUAAAAGGAAAAAGAAUAAAAGAAAAAAUGUGUAAGAAAAAAUACAAAUUAAAUUCAAGUGUUCCGUACAAAAAUAAAGAACUGCUUUGUUAAUUAUUAUAAAUAAUAAAUAUUAUAUAAACAAUAAUGAAAGAAUUAUCAUCGACAUUUUCUUUGUGACUUUGUUAUUUGAUAAUAAGUAUUGGAGCAUACAGUUCAGAUUGUUGGGGUUUUCUUUCUAAGUAUUCUUUUAUUCAAAAUGUAGCUUCUUAUAUGCUAUGUAUCUAAGCUUAAUAAAUGUUAAUAUCUGUAUUACAUAUUUUAUUUGAGGAGAUUAACACUGUAAAGGACAUACAGCGACUUUCCAGCUUUACAUGUGGAGGAUGACGACCUCAUUUGUACUAUAUAAUAAUAUGUUUAACGAAUAUGAGGACAAAUUAGUUUCUGGACUGCCCAUACUUUUUAACCCCCGACUUUUCGAAGAAAAAAGGGAUAUACACACUUUCGUGUCCGGUCCAUAACUUUUCAUUUAUCAAAGGAAUUUGAAAUAACACAUGUUUGUUAUAAUAAGACGAUGCGUUAUGCGCAACAACCAGACCCCUACCUCUAGGGUCAAGGUCACACUUGCUCAUUCAAGGUCAACAUUGUCUAUUUGAGGGUAUAACUCGUAUCCCGUUCAUAACUUUCUUAUCUUUGAAGGGAUUUUGUAAAUACUUGCCACAAUUGUUCACAAUAAUGAGACAACGUGUCAUGCGUAACAACUGGUCACCUACCUCCAGGGUCAAGGUCACACUUGGAGGUCAAAGAUUUACAUUGUCUGUUAUAUUAUAUAUUUUAGGUCCGGUCCAUAACUUCUUCAUAGAUCAAAGGAUUUUGAAAAAACUUGGCACAAAUAGUCACUAUGAUAAUACGAUGUGUCAUGCGCAACACCUCCAAAGUCAAGGUCACACUUAGAGGUCAAAAAUUAACAUAGUCUGUAUAGUCUGUUAUAGGGUAUAUUUUGUGUCCGAUCUAGAAAUUCAUCAUAGUUCCAAGGAUUUUUAAAUAACCUGGCACAAAUAGUCACAAUUAUAAGAAGAUAUGUCAAUUAUAGUGACUGCAUCCCUACGUCC